AUCCGCAACAACAAUCACCACACAUAUCCCUACCUCCCACCCUCUCGAUCCAUCAGGAAAUAUGGUAAGUUACUCCUACUGAGUUAUUAGGUCACCAAUGGCAUCCUCGUCCUCCUUCCUGCUGGCCAUGGCAGCGCUGGCAGCAUUGUUUGCUGUUGGAUUGUGCGGCAACAGUGUGACCUUGACGGUCGGCAAGGGCACUACCCCCACGUACACCCACCUAGUCCUUGUCGCCAACCUCCCCAUCCAUGAGCUGGCCAUCAGAGAAAAGGGCGCCGCGGAAUUUUUGGAUGACAUGAAGGAGUCACCAGCCAAGACCUUUACACAAGACAGCAAGGCACCACUCAAGGGACCCCUCUCCGUCCGCUUUGCUGUGAAGGGUGGUGGCUACCGCAACAGGGAUGAGAUUUUCCCUGUUGGAUUGAAGCCUGGCGCAGUUAUCAACACUAACAUCCCGUAUUGAGUAAUCGGCACACAUCUGGUCUCGCAUUGAGUGAAAUUUUUUUACCAUUAUAUAUUCUGUAAGAUAGAUUGAGGAUAUAAAUAAGCAGGCCAGUAAUUCAUUUACUGUGGUUAUUUUGUGGUAAUCUACCGCAAAAUAAAGUAUACUAGCUUCUCCUCCUGCAUAUUGUUGUGGAGCUAUGUAUACACACACUUUACGAUAUUAUUUUUAUAUGGCAUAAGAUAUCGAGUCAAUCAUUGUCAAGACAGCUGUGUAUAUAUGAUUUUUCUAAAGUUUCAUUA